ACUUACUUUUAUUUUCCCUUUCUCUCUCAACCUUUUUAACCUCAUCACCUCUUCCUCAGAUUCUCUCUCUCAUCUCAGUGAUCUUUCUCUCUCUCUAAACGACCAAUUCAUCUCUACGCAGAAACCCAGCUCCCAAUCCCACACCAUGACUCUUGGCUCAGGAGGAUCCAGCGUCGUGGUUCCUCGAAAUUUCAGGUUGUUGGAGGAACUUGAGCGUGGUGAAAAGGGAAUUGGUGAUGGUACUGUAAGCUAUGGAAUGGAUGACGGGGAUGAUAUCUAUAUGCGCUCGUGGACUGGCACCAUUAUAGGUCCUCACAAUUCUGUGCAUGAGGGACGCAUAUAUCAGUUGAAGCUAUUUUGUGACAAAGAUUAUCCGGAGAAGCCUCCCAGUGUUCGUUUCCAUUCCCGGAUUAACAUGACUAGUGUAAACCAUGAAACUGGAGUGGUCGAACCAAAAAAGUUUAGGCCUCUAGCGAAUUGGCAGAGGGAGUACACAAUGGAGGACAUACUGACACAGCUGAAGAAGGAGAUGGCUGCUCCACACAACCGCAAGCUCGUCCAGCCACCUGAAGGAACCUAUUUCUAGUGUAAGAUAUGAAGGUCUUAAUUGACCAUUUUCUGAUUGAUAGUUAUCCCAUCGUCUUAAGACGGAAGUUGAAUGGGUGAAUGCCUAAAAAAGCCAUCUCAUAUCGACUCUCCUGGAUUUCUCGUAUCUUUUAUCCUGCUUUAUUUUCUUUGCGAACUAUGUCAUAUCAGUAAUGGGAUUUCUUCUGUGUGAAAAUCAACGAACAUCUUGUUAAUAUCAUAAUUCUUGUGUUCUUGAAUGCUA